AUGACGGCCGCAAACAAGACAGUUGUUUUAAUCACCGGCGCCAACAGAGGCAUUGGACUGGAGCUUGUCAAGAAAUUUCUUGCAAGGGACAAUACAGUAGUAGUUGCUGCUGUACGAAACCCCGAAAACGCCUCGUCUACUAGCUCUCUAUCAGGGCUUCCUCACGGAGCUGAGAGCUCGCUCCUCAUCAUCAAAAUCGACAGUUCCGACAGCUCCAGUGCUCUCUCUGGCAUCGCGAGUAUCUCGGAUCGCAUCAGCCAUCUCGAUAUCGUCAUUGCCAACGCUGGAGUCCUCACUCAUCAAGGCCCCAUUUCGGACAUGCCUCUAGACCAACUCACCUCUCAUAUUGCCAUCAAUACGGUGGCUCCAAUCGCGCUUUUGCAGGCCACCAAGCCUCUCCUACGGAAUUCUGCCAAUCCUAAAUUUGUCGUGGUUUCAUCCUCCAUGGGAAGCAUCACGGACAUCGUGACCCAAUUGUUCGGCGCUUACGGAGCCAGCAAGGCUGCCGUCAACUACCUUAUGCGCAUGGUCCAUCUGGAAGAAGAGUGGCUUACUUCCAUGGUUAUCUGCCCUGGGUGGACUCAAACUGACAUGGGCGAUGGUGCGGCAAAGAGUCGAAAUUAUGGCGAGAAAGCGCCAGUCCCAUUGGAGGUCUCCAUUAAGGGAGUUGUAGAAGAGAUUGAUGGUCUUACAAGAACUGAAAAGUCAAGAUUUGCUUCGUACGAUCACAUUGAUCGUCCGUGGUAG